AUGGACAUUUUUAUAGUGAUGCAACCCUGCAUAAUUAUUCACGAAAGCCGAACGUGAAUAAAAUUAAAAUAAUCGAAUUAAAAUUAAAGAUAGCAAAUUAUAAAAUCGGUGAAGCCGCAGUGCGAAAUAUCUGUCUGGCGUAAAACGCAACUGAAGUUGCACAAAGAAUUUCCGCGAAGAAAAUGGAAAACGUGUAUAUUAACCUUAGAUAAGCACUGCACGUCUGGCAGCAAAAAAAGUUGCUCAAUCGGACGAAAAAAUAAUUAAAUAAAAGAAAUAAUAUUUUACAAAAAAAUUUAUAGCUGGAGCUACUUAAAUAUAUUUGUAAAAUUGAAAGCAGCAAUAACAACAAUAGUAUUUACCAAAUAUCAACAUUUAAAACUGCAACAAAGCAAACAACGGCAAACAGCAACAAUUGCAACAACAAAAUGAUCAGAUUGCAUAGUUAAAUACAUUUUCUUAAAACUUUCCAUAUAUUUUUUAUUUUGUUUUUAUUUUUUGCAUAAUUUAAAGUUUUCUCACAAUUUCGGUUUUUCCUAAAGUGUUUAAAAACGCGCAUACCGUGUGCGAAAACCAAACACACCCAUUCACCGACAGCCGACACCGCCGCCUACAAAAAGUUACUCAACAGAGUUCGACGCGUUGUUCUUGCAUUUUAUCUAAACCACAGUCUAUCGCAAACGAGCCGUUGCAUCUUCAGUUCCCAUGUGUUACUAAAGCGUUGUUUUGGAACAUUUUAUUUUGGAUUUAACAUAUUUCAGCCGCAGCAGCACUUGCCCGCCGACAAUUACUACAGCAAUACCUUCGACACCUGCCUUCCUUGCAGCAGCAAAAGACACCAGCAGCACACACACACUCCUCCUUCGGACUUUUCUACGGGAGCUGUUUUAGACGCUUUUUGGCUACGAACAAAAAAACUUUUGCAACGAAAUUUUUAAUUGUUUUUUUUUUAUAUAAAAUCUACGAAUAAGUCGUUUUUAAGGAUUUUGUAUAACCUUAAGUCUAUACUCAAAACUAUACUUUAAGAUGGUUAAAGAGAAGCCAAAUUCUACUCGAAUUUAUGAUAAGGAUGGUUUUCGACGACGUGCUGCAUGUAUCUGCGUGCGGUCUGAUGCUGAGGCGGAGGUCCUGCUUGUAACCUCAUCACGCCGCCCAGAGCUUUGGAUUGUACCGGGUGGUGGUGUUGAACCCGACGAAGAACCUGCUGUAACAGCUGUGCGUGAAGUGCUCGAAGAAGCAGGCGUUACUGGUAAAUUAGGCAGGUGUUUGGGUGUUUUUGAAAACACCGAGCAUAGACAUCGCACAGAAGUAUUUGUUAUGACUGUAACUAAAGAACUAGAAGAGUGGGAAGAUUCACGGAGCAUUGGACGCAAACGUCAAUGGUUCUCUAUUGAUGAAGCAUUGGAUCAGUUAGCGUUGCAUAAACCAACACAACAACACUACUUGAUGCAAUUAAGGCACUCCAAAACGAACUCUGCUUCCACUAACUCUACGGUUGCCUCACCGGCCGCAUCUCCAACAACAGCAUAAAACAAAUGAAUAAUAAAAGCAAUUUCAACUUAAAAUAGUUUAGCUAUGGUAAAUAUUUACUAUGGUAUAUAUUUACCAAACACUUUCAAACACUCACACUUACACAGCAUCAUGCAUCAUGCAUACACCUGCAUCAUAACCAUACUAGUUUAAAGAAAGAUACAUUUACAAUCUACAGGCAGAUACUGACGGCACAUCCACUUCAUUCGCGUACACAAGAAACUGAGAUACCGCAAAAUUAUACAAAACCGUAAAAAUCUAUUAGGUAUGUAAUUUAGUGUUUAGGGUAAUUGCUUUAUUUUUAUAACAUUAAAAUGCCAGCGAACAGCUGCAGUUCUAUACAGACCGUUCUAAGCUCGAAAUACCGAAAUACCGAAAAACUGAAUAACCGAAAUAGUAAGAAUAAAAUUUUAAUCUUAAAAAAUUGAAUGCAAACUAAAAAUCUGAGAGACAAACUUUAAAUUUCGUAAAAAUUCGUUGAGGUAAAAUUAUUGAUAUUUAUUUAUAAUAAAAUUUAAAUCUAAAUUGAAUAAUUAGCACAUUUUUAUAAAACAAAAUAAAAACUAAACCUAUUUAGAUUUUCUACUAUUUUUAUAAGUUUAAUUAAAUAAAUAAUUAAUAUUAAAAGUAACAUGAAAGGAGGAAAAGCUUAAAACUUUUCUUUAAAAAAAAAUAAAAAAUCAAGAAAAAAACACGGAAAAGUUAAAACUAAAAAAUCAAUUGCAAAUUGCCUGAGCGUUAAAGCGCCGCUUUUUUUAUUUAAAACUGAACUAAAAAGAAAAAAUUAAAAAU